GCACCCUUUGCAGAUCCGGGGCUCGCGGACGAGCUCCAGGCGCUUGCGGGCGCCCUCGGUGUUCCCGUCCCCGACGCGGCCGCGGGAGCUGCUGGAGCUGGAGGCGCCGCUGCGGCCCCCGUGGAGCCGGCGGCUGCGGGGCCAGGGGCCAGCGCUGCGCCGCCGCGUGCUGGUCCUGGGGGCGCUCCGGUCGAUCCGCUCGCCCCUGCCGCAGGCGCGGCGGGCGAGGAUCCGCGUGCCGCCGAGCUACGUGGACUCCUCCGCGCAGCCCGGGAGCGGAUGAACCUUGCAAGGCCCGCGCUGCCGCUGCCGCCAGGCGAGGUGCCUGCAGCCGCUCUCACGGGGCGGCUCCGCGAGGAGCUCGUCGGGCGCAUCCUGGCGGCCGCGGACACGGAGGGUGGAGGAGAUCCAGGGGCGGCCUUCUGGGCCGUUCCCGACGCGGCCGGGGAGGGCCGCCGUGGGGAGCGCGACCGAGGGCGUCCCCCGACGCACGUCGUAGCGGCCAGGUUCCCCGGGGUCCUCGCGCAGCAGGCUCUCCGGCGCAUGGAGGGCCACAUGCGCGGGGUGGCGGCGGAGGACCUCCUCGGGGGGGGCCUCCUCAACAACGUCAUCCGGGCCUACCUCGUCACGUCGUUCUUCGGCGCUCGCCCGGCCGGGGAGGCCGCCGUGGGCCUCCGGAAUCCGCGCGAGCUGAAGACCAUCGCGGCCAUCAUCGAGGCCAUCCUGCAGGGCAGGAUUCUGACGGCCCUCGACAUCGCCGUGCAGAGGUUCAAGGCGAUCGAGCUGUCCAUCGAAGAGGGCAACUGGACGAACGCGCGCUGGCUAGAGCUGAUCCCCGUGAACACCGUCGGGACGUACGACAGGGGGGACCUCCGGGACGCGCGGCGCGAGGAGGAGCAGGACAGGGCCCCGCUACUAGGCGCCGCUGUUGGUGCGAAGGAUCGCUCCGGACUCGGGGAAAAGCGCCGGCGGGGGCAUAAGGAGGCGGCGAAUGGGGAGAUCUGCGUCCACUCCGGGGUGCACAUCCUCGUCGGUGACCUCGGUUCGCGGACUUCGGCGGACGGAUCCGUGUACGUCGGAGGAGGCGUCCCGUCGCUCGGACUCCCGCGAUCGUACUGGGCCGAAUGGGGCGGUCACCCUGGGGCCGAAGCCCUUGAGCGGGAGGCGCUCCUCGGGCGAAGCCUCCGCGUUGGUUCACGGCUGGAGGCUGAGACGGCUAAGGCUCUCAUAGACCGCCUGGACCUUGGACGCGGCGCAAGCGAGCCAGUUCUCGACAUUCGAGGGGCGCGGCGCCGGUUAGCCGAGCAGCUCUCCACCGGGGCAUCGGUCGCGCAGCUUGGGGCCGUCCUCGUGGAGCACAUCGAGGGCAGACCCGGCGGCCUAGGUGAACUCAGCCGCCUUUGGCCGUGCGGCGCGUGGCAAGAUUUGGCCGGUCCCGGGGAGCUGCUGCCCGUGCCGCGGCCGACUCGCUCGACUGGCCUCGUUGCCGCGCUGGCGGCAAUCCGGAGCCGCCGCGGAGCCUCCCAGUCCCUUCCCCCCGUGAGCCGUGAGGUCGGGAUCGACGCCUGGGUCGAGUUGACCGCCCUGGUCACGAACUACGGGUUCCUGGGGGGCCCGCGCCUCCUCGCGAAGCUCCUCAAGUACCCAGCGGAGCCUUCUCCGGCACAGGUGCAAGCAUUGGCCCGUUUCCGGAGGUUCGCCACCAUCCUGGUAGACGAGGGGGACCCCGUCAACCUCGCCCCGUCCGCCGUCGUUGAACAGCGGGCGUCGGAGCUCUAUUGGGGAGAGCAGGUGACGCGCGCAUUCCCGCUCACGCUUGACGGCAUCUUGCCCGGGCUUCCCAGCCCCGAGGUUGCUGCCCAGGUGGAGCUCGCGGACUUGCUGAGUGGCCCUGCUCGCGAAGUUCUCCUCGACCCCAGCAUCCUCAGGCUCCCCGAGGACGAAGUCCAGGAGCCGCUCCCGAAAGCUCGCGUCCUCGUAGAGUCCAAGGCCGAGUACUACAAGAUAGUGGAGGCAUUGUGCAAGUUAGGCGUCAUGGAGGCCGAGGUCCCGGAGGAGACGUGGACGCAUCGAGGCGUCCCUGUCCGGAACGGGCUCUUUGGGGUCCACAAAUCCUGGAAACAAGUAGGUAAUCGUCAGCGUCGGGUACUUCGCCUCAUCGUGAACCUCGUGCCGACGAACGCGUUGCAGCGGCAUUAUGGGGGUGCUGCGAAGGCCAUGGGCUACCCGGGCCUUUGGCCCCUUCUUGUUCUGCACCCUGACGAGAUUCAGGUCCACUAUUCGGAGGAUCAGAGCGGGUGCUUCCACCUCUACGGGGUGCCGCGGGCCUGGAGGGGUGCUUUCGUCAUCGAGGAGGCCGUCCCUGGAGAGGUCCUCGGGCUCCCUGGCUCCGCCUGGGUGCGGCCGCGGUUGCGGACGUGCCCCAUGGGCUGGGUCAACGCCGUGGCGUUCAUCCAGGAGGCGCACGAGAACCUCGUCACCGGGAAGGCGCCGAGCGGGGCUGGCAUCUCAGCUGACCUCCUUGUCCGCAUGGGCCACCGUGCCCCCUCGAGCGCAGGUCUGCCCCGGAACUGGUUUUCCGUUUACGUAGAUAACUGGGACCAGGGCAAGGUGGUCUUGGAGACGGAGGCGGAGCAGUACGUGUUCAAACCCAGCGGUGAGCAGCUCGCCGUCCGAGCUGCCUACGCUGCCGCCGGCGUCCGCCGGGCUCCGGAGAAGUCUGCCGAGGGGGCCAUCAAUUGGGAGACGCUCGGAGCGCAGCUGCGGGGGGCCGACAGGCUCGUCGGCACGUCGCCAUCGCGGCGCUCCUACUGUCUCGGGCGCGCGCUGGGCCACCUCACCGCAGAGCGCGUGCGCGAUGACGACCUCCUCUCGGACGUCGGGCGGAUCACCUUCAUGAUGCAGUUCGGCCGCGGCUACUUCUCUUUCCUCGGCCGGAUCUUCCGCGAGCUCUCGGUCGGGCGGCUGCCCGGGCCCCUCGGCGGGGACGCGGCGGACGAGUUGCUGGCAGUCGUUCUCGCCACGCCCCUCCUUUGGACAGACCUCGCCGCGCAGGUGUCCGGGGAAGUCGUGGCCACCGACGCCUCUGAGACGGGUGGAGGCGCAUGUGUCUCUGCUGGCCUUUCGCCCAAGGGGGUGGCCCGUCUCGGCGCGCUCCGCGCCGGCGCGCCCGCUUGCCCCUCCGACAUUCUCGUCGUCAGCGUGUUCGACGCCACGGGUGGGGCAGCAAUGGCCCUCGAUCUGCUGGGCAUCACGCCUUGCGGUAUCAUCGCCGUCGAGCCGUCGAAGGUCGCCCGCGGCGUGGUCCGCGCAGCCUGGCCGCAGGCCUUCUGCUACCCCGACGCCUCCGCCGUCACGCACGAGGAGGUUCUCAAGUGGAGUAGCUGGUAUCCUCAGGCCCGCCGGAUUCUCCAGUACAGCUGCAUGGCGCGGAUCGGCCCGGACUCGAAGGGGCCCAUCUCUCACCUCGAGGUGCCGCUGCGCAUCUCCGAGUCCUUGCGGCGGCACGCUGCUUGGGGCGUCGCGGACCUCAUCGAGUACGAGGCGACCAUCGCAGAGGCGGACGUGCAGGAGGUGAGCAGGCAGGUUUCUGAGAAGGCGUGGAAGCGCUGCGUCCACGAUUUGUUCAGGCACCCCGCACACCACUACGAGGAUAAGAAUCUGGUCGCUGACCGCCAUGGCCCCCGGCGCUUGAAAGCUGAUGAACAGAUUCGCAUGCUGGGCUUCCGCUGGGGCCAUUUCCGGCCCGUCGAGCGCCUUUCCCCGAAAACCGGCCUCGAGGAUGCCAAGGCCGAGCUUGUCAGCAGCGCGUGCCCCAUUGUCAUCGCGCGGAUGGUGCGGGACUUCGUGCUCGUGGCGUCCUCGCCGCAGCCCCCGGAAGGCCUGCAGCGGGGUUGCAUUGACGAUCUUUGGACUACAUGGGCGAGGCUCGAUUCGGAGGCGCAGCGCGCUUCGACGCGCAAGUGGACCGAGGCGCACGGCGGCCCCGCCAUCUCGGCUGCUCCUGCGCCAGCGUCCGCAGCCACCGAUUCCAGGCUCGCGCCCGAGGCGGAGCUUGUCCAGGAAUUCAUCCGGCUUGCUGAUCACCGGGGGUCAGACAUCCGGCUUGACGCAGGCCUCCCCCAUCGCUUCGAUGCGUGGCCCCGGGCUCCUCUUGACGCAGGGCUAUGGACCUGGAGGGUUGCGCUGUCCUACGCGUUCCGGAACCAGCAACACAUCAACGUCUUAGAGGCUACUGCUGUCUUGGACUUCUUGCGCUCUCAUCUGAAGCUUCCCAAGCACCACGGGAAGCGCAAGCUGUUCCUCUUGGACAGCCAGGCGGCCAUCGGAGCGCUCACGAAAGGGCGGUCCUCAUCCAACAACCUCAACCAAAUGCUCCUCCGCAUUGCUGCCAUCAGCGGAUUUGCUAACUUCCGUGCCUUCUACGGGUGGGUGCCGAGCAAGGGCAACCCCGCAGACGGGCCAAGUCGGUGGAAGCGGCGGAGGUUGGAGCACCCCUGA